UGAAUUCAGUUGGUAAUAUGAGAAAAGAAUGUUCUAACAGCUAGGAGAGAUUCUUUUGACCUGUUGUGAGUUUGAUGUUGAAGUUCCUAUAGGAUUUUUUUUAAUAUCAUUAAACUAAUAACUAGCCAACUCAGGAUUUUUUGCAAUAGAUAAGCACCAUUAAAACAGGUAUAUCAGAAAGCACUUCCCAAUUCACGUAAAAAAGUAAAAUAUAAGAUUCACUUUUAGUGAGUUGUGUUAUUUAGUCUUCUGGAAUAUUGACCUCUUUUAAGUUUGUACUGAAGACAACAUUCAGCAAACAUUACUGAGCAUAUCCUGUGCAUAGCAAUGUUUUAGUCCAUUUUUAAAUAGAUACUUUAGCUAUUCAGAGUGUCUUUCCAUUAGCUAAGUAGAUUACUGUAGCUCCUAACAGAGAAUAUUUUUUCAAGAAAGUUCCAUAGUAAAUAAUGCAUCAAAAAGGAAGAUCACAGAUAAAGGUAGCAAUCACAGCAAAGUUGCAGCCCUGCUUGGAAAUACCACAGGAUAAUACCAUGAAAUAGCACUAAAAUUUCAAGAGAAAUCUACAGGAAGAGUGUACUUUAAAACAACUUCUGAUGAGGCCAAAGGUUUAACACUGUCAAAUGACUUGUUUUCUCAGUCAUGCAGCACCUGGGAAGGACAAACUGUUAAUGUUUAUCUUAGGGGGUUAUAGCAAUGAAAGAAUGGAAGUGUUGUGGAAAAGAAAACAAUCUAAAUUACUUUGGAAAGAAUACUGGGCUAGGGAUGUAGCUCAGUAGUAGAGCACUUGCCUAGCAUACAAGAGGCUCAAGGUUCGAUCCCCAGUAUUACAAAAAACAAAAAAAUACUGAAGUUGAAAAUAAAAUCCAUAGAACAUGGUAAUUAGAAACAUUGGUUAAAAACAAAAUUAGAAAAAUUUGUUAGACAAAAUUAUUAAGUAACUGGAAGUCCAAGAUAAAAGGAAUUAAGUAUGGGAAUGAUAUAUUUCCUUUCCAGUUUAGAGUUAAUAUUGAGCUACAAUUACACGUAAGACAAUGUUAGGUAUGGUGACUGAUCACAUUAGUGAAAUAGGAAAUAUGACCACAGUAAUGCAAAUAAGCCACAUGGUUACUAACUCCUUAUGUGUUUUUAUUUGGCCUUGGAAUGUGUUUUUUGUACUUAAUCUCCCUAGGGCUUUAUUUGAUAGUCUGGGAACUUAUUUCAAACACUGUGAAGAUGUGACUCAGGAAGUGCUGAGAAGCAGUGCACUGUGUUUUUCCUGACCCCUGUUCAACAUCAUCCUGCAGCCCACUCCAUGCUGAGAAUAGACAACUCUCAUCUGAGGCUGAGACUAACCAGAUUAUGCAGAACUUUCUUCUCUCCAUCACUGCCUGGAGCUGGGGUAGUCAUUAAGCAUUUGGGUUUCUAAGAAUUCCUUGAAGAGCUAUGCAAAGAGAAUAAGUAAAUGGCCUUUGAAUGGAUUGCAGCAGUUACCAUUGCUGCCGGGACGGCUGCAAUUGGUUACUUAGCUUACAAGAGAUUCUAUGUCAAAGAUCAUAGCAAUAAAGCAAUGGUAAACCUUCACAUCCAGAAAGACAAUCCCAAGAUAGUACAUGCUUUUGACAUGGAGGAUCUGGGAGAUAAAGCUGUGUUCUGCCGUUGCUGGAGGUCCAAAAAGUUUCCAUUCUGUGAUGGUGCUCACACAAAACAUAACGAAGAGACUGGAGACAACGUGGGACCUCUGAUUGUCAAGAAAAAAGAAAGUUAAACGGACAAUUUUGAUGCUGCAGACCAACUUGUCAUGAUGUUACCUGAUAAUUUAAUUAGAAUGACUACCACUUCUGUCUAAUUUACCUCCCCUGCGUUCUAGAUGUGUGGUAUAUUGCAAACCUCACCUUUCACAUUCAUGGCAUUUGCCUUACUUGUUGAAACAUCGUGGUGCACAUUUGUUUAAACAAAAAAGGAAAACCAACCUUAUGGCCUAUGGGUUAUUUUGGUCUUGUAAGGAUCCGUUUCUUUAAAUUUAAAAUAAUGGUAUUAGACUAUAGUUGUAUCUUGAGGUUGGUGUAUUAAAUUAUUCUCAAAAUCAUGUAUAUGCAGAUUGUACUUGGAAGUUUCAAAGAAAAUUUUAUCGCCUUUUCAUAUUGCUUAUUUGACCUAGAAAGUGAACAGGGUGUGAUUAAGCUACAUUAAUUUCGUAGUAUAGUCUUAAGAAAAACCUGUUAUAACCUUGAUUUUCUUCUUGACAGUGGUAAUAACACUAAGAAAAUACAGCUUCUGUGUUUUCAACGUUUUCAAUUUAAAUGAACUAUGAAUGUCACUCUACUUAAUUAUAAGUUGACCAGGUCAGUAAUAAAGGGGCAGCAACUUC